AGUUCAUACCAUGCUGGGUAUAUGGUAAUUAGAAAGAUGGCGGAGUCCACGACCACAGAGAGUGAAAAUGUCUUGGGACGAAAGUGGGACCAGUGCGUUUCGGACACAUUGCUUAAAGUUGGUGGUGGUCUAGGCCUUGGAGUCAUAUUUUCAGUGUUCCUAUUCAAAAGGAAGUUGUGGCCGAUUCAUAUGGGCGGAGGAAUAGGAUUGGGGAUGGGUAUAGCCAACUGCAACCAUCUAUUCAAGGAUCCCUACAAUGUGCAAGGAACCAUCGUAAAGGUGCUGAAGGAUAAGCCGCAAGAGCCAAGUGCAAGUCCAGAAACCAAUACAACGACAGUAAUCACGACAGAGGAGGCCCCCAAGUCUUAAGAUGUAGCCGAGAAACUCACCAUACACAUUUGAGAUGAUUUCAUUAAGCAUCUGUUGGUUUAUACCUGACUGUCAAGACAGCAGCGUCUGUAAGAUUGCAUGAUGGGGCGAUGCACCUUGCAAAUGCAGGCCCUUUGUGCAUAAGCAUGUUCGUCGGUGCCACUCAAGUUUAAUCGGGUGUGUGCAGUGGUUCUUGGCCUGCUCUUGAGACGAACUGUUGAACUUGCAACCAAAGCAUGGCUGAUUGAUUUGAAAUAAUCAGUGGUCAGAUUUACUCAGACCUGCGACAGAACCAGCUUCUCCUGAAUUUCAAAUUGUAGGAUUGUUGUGUCUCUUGUUAAUUGAAGGCCUACUGGGCCCAGUUUCAUAGAACUGCUAAGUGAAACAUCCUGCUAAGCUUCUUGUAAGCGCAAAUCAGUUGAAAACGAGUUUGCUUGUUGCCCGUUUUUCCAGCAAGUGUUUCCAGUGCAUAGAGAGUACUCAAUGAUUCUUAGCAGCUUUGUGGAACUGGGCCCCUGUGUUAGAUAACAGCUUAGCGGAAACCAUUGCUGAAUUAAUUUGCUUAGUAAUUGCAAGGCCACCUUACCAGUCACCAUAAUUUUGUGUUUAGAAUGGUAUCAGCUAACUGAAUUAUGUAGCAGAAUACUGCAUUGUCAAGGUUUUCCGCAACUACUAGGGUGAACGGUAGCAAAACAGUUUUUUAAUUAGCAUAUUUGUUUUAAAGUGUGCACAGUUUAAGAGAAACUUGAUCCCCAAAGUGACAGUGAUCUGUAACGAGUUGGUUGCCUCUGGGCCCUGUAUUAAAUGACGAAUUCGUUUAAUUUUUGAUGGAGGGCUCGUCCUGCUUGUGCCUCUGAAGUGCUUUAGGAAUGUUCACAUGAGUGUCAACCAGGAAACAAGAAUGAGAAAUCCGCCGCAUGUUCUAAAGCUGAAAAGCAGAAGGUUGAAUUCACCAGCGUUGUUUGUUAAAGCCACAUCUCUGAAAGUGGAACUGCGAAUAAAGGGAUUUCCGACUUGGGAACCGAGAGCAUUUUUUUGCUACUUGCGUCAAAUGUGGGAAGGAAGAGAUCCACGACCUAUCUUGACCUGAUUCACCUGUGCCCCUGCCUUCAAUGAUACUUAAAAGAAGUGGCAUACAAAUACAUACGGUUCAUCGGCCUUCGGGUACGUGACCACAUGGUACGCUUUCCGUUUCGUUUUUGAUCGAUGGACAGCAUUCGUAGGUUUCUUUGAUGAUCAACAAUAAAUCUUGACAAUGUUAA